GAUGGAGAGCACGUAAUCAGUUGUCUGCAGUACAUAGGGCGAGAACGAGCGAAUCGGCGAGAGCUCGUUUGAAAAUCGCGGCUAAGAGUACCGCGGCAAGAUUCCGUUGAUAAUUUGACAUCAAGUUUAUUGAAAUGAUACUGUAUUGUGAAAGCAUACCGAUUGAUUAAAGAAAAUACCUGCAAUUAUUAAAAAUAUCUCGUUAAUUAAAUUUGCAGUUUUAUUUUGAAAAUUAAACAAUUUUUUAUUUGGAUAUUGUAUUUCAACUACUGUACAUUUAUUAAGACUCGUCAAACGGGGGUUUAGGUAAUGAUUGAAAUUAGCAAUAAAUAAAAUAUUGGAAAUUGUGUUACGUCGAUGCUUUGAUAGAAACUUAAUUUACGAGCUUGUUUGACUAUUAUAGGGUUAAUUGAAUUUUGCACUGCUUAGUUUGCAAAUUUCAGAUAAAUUCCUUGUGGAGAGUAUGUGCAAACUACGUGGGUCGGUGCUUCUCUGCUUGGUGAUAAUUUUGGGUCUGAUAAUACUUAUAGAGGGUAAUAAUGAAACGAUUUCGCGAAAUCGCGCGAAAAAAGCGCAAAUGGUGAAGAAACUGAAGAAAGAUCUGCGAAAAUUGAAAAAACAGGAUGGCGCAUUGAAACUGAUAGGAAAAAAUAGAGAUUACGAAGGAAACGUCGAGAUUCUCCACGAUGGUAAAUGGGGUAGCAUUUGCGACGACGAAUGGGAUUAUUUAGAAGCUAAUGUAGUGUGCAGACAAUUGGGAUUCGAAGGUGCCGUAAAACCAACAACGAAUGGACAUUUCGGCCAGGCGAGAAGACGUUUUUGGAUGGACAAUAUUUAUUGCGACGGUACCGAGGCUGAAUUAGCAAAAUGUAGAUUCGACGGUUGGGGUACCUCGGAUUGCGAAAGUAGCGAAGCAGCAGGUGUAAUAUGCAAACACGAGCAAGAACCGACUAUAGCUCCACCAGUUAAAAAGAAGGAACCAAAAAUCAAGAUCAAGGAUAUUCACCAACAAGGAAUUGCAAUACGUCUGGCGGGAGGUCGUGUACCUACAGAAGGAAGAGUCGAGGUGAAAUUGGGAAACGGUGAUUGGGGAGUAGUCUGUGGCGAUGGAUGGUCCCUAUUCGAAGCUGGUGUAGUUUGCCGUCAACUUGGUUUAGGCUAUGCAUCAGAUGCUAUACAAACGAAUUUCUUUGGGGGUCAAAAAAUGCCUAUGGCUGUCAGUGGAGUUCAGUGUCAUGGAGAUGAGGCAAGCUUAGCACACUGCCUCCACGAAAAGACAAUACAAUGUCCAGGCAUGGCUGAAAACGUGGCUAGUGUGGUUUGCUUACGCGACAUGGCUGAUCUCGUGUUCGAUCACAUCGAACUCAUGAGAACUGCCCAUCUGGAGGACAGGCAACUCUAUUGGCUCCAAUGCGCGAUGGAAGAGAAUUGCGUGGCGUCCCAGGCUUAUAGGAUCCAACGGGAAUCCGACAACUGGCACCUGGAAACCAGGAGACUGCUAAGGUUCACCGCAAGAAUUCUAAACGCUGGGACAGCUGAUUUCAGACCGGCUGUACCGAAGCACCUCUGGGAAUGGCACAUGUGCCAUAUGCAUUAUCAUUCGAUGGAAGUAUUCGCCACUUUUGACAUCAUUCAUGCCAAUGGGACUAAAGUGGCUGAGGGUCACAAGGCAUCGUUUUGCCUGGAAGAUAAUCAGUGCAUGCCGGGAAUCGAACCUAGGUAUAAAUGCGCCAAUUAUGGAGAUCAAGGUAUAUCAGUGAACUGUAGCGACAUUUAUAAACAUAACAUAGACUGUCAAUGGGUGGAUAUUUCGGAAUUGGAACCAGGGCAAUAUACGUUUAAGGUGGCGGUAAAUCCGGAAUUCAAAGUGGGCGAGAUGACAUUUGACAACAAUGCAGCAACUUGCAAAUUAUUAUAUACAGAAACAUACGCCACUGUCCACAGUUGUGUAAUGGAACGACCAUAGAUUUAUUUUGAGAAAUUCUAUACCAAUGAAUAAACGAUAAUUUCAAUAAUUAA